UCGAUUUUAGACGUAUGGAACGUUAAUCAGUAGAUACGUGUAAUAAUAAAUUCAUUGGAACCAAAACGCAAGCACUUUAAUAAAAUUCGUAAUUUUAGUAGAAAGUGUGCAAAGAAAAUCUUAAUUUGUUGUAUUAACAAAUAGUUGCAAGUCGAAAAUGACAAUUCCUAGUGAUAAAGUGACAAGUGCGGGUGCGGGUGCGCCGACGUCUGGAAGAGCGCCCUUCUCCAUCUGGCUACAGAUACAAAGUCUUCUGAAUAGUAUCAACCACAUAUUGAUUGGACUCAUUGCCCUCUAUUUCACAGCAUUGGGACGUAGUCUGAAUUUCCAGAAUACAGCUAUGCAUGCCUUCCUAACGAUAAUUGGGUUCCACGUAUUAAUGGCGGAAGGGCUCAUGUCACAUUAUCCAGUCAACUUCGUAACGAAUCGCUUCUCGCAUCGCAACAAAUCAAAAAUUCAUGGCGUCCUUCAAUUGGUGGGCGGCUCACUUGCACUACUCGGCACUCUCGGUAAAAUCUCGCAAAAGGAAGUGCAUUUCACCACACUGCACGGCAAAAUUGGUCUUGCCGCCGCAUUUAUGUGCUUUGCCAGUAUAACCGGUGGCAUAGUGAACUAUUUUCAACCGAAAUUCGUUCACAAAUUUUAUACCCCCGCUGAGGUUAAGUUUCGACAUAAUCUCUUUGGUAUGGUCACAUUUACGUUGGGUAUGUUUGCGAUUUUCCUCGGUUAUCGCACGAAAUUCACUUAUAAACACAUGGAUCCUGAAUUUAUUGCUGCCCUAAGUUUAGCGACAGUUUUGGUUUAUAUCUUCACGAUGAUAGCACCGUUACGCUCAAUUUUGGAUAAAUUCAAGUACAGAAAACAGAGUCGCAAAUAAAUUUCUGAGUGCAAACAGUGUAAGGUAGUUAAUACAAAUACAUUUAAAUGAAUAAAAAAAUAUUU